AUGCCAGCGGAAGUUAUUCUUAUGUUUGAUGUUGCUGGUGUUCUCUCCACAGCACCGUAUCCAGCAGCACGUCGUCUUGCAGAAACUGUUAUGCGCUGUGUCUUUGAACGGGCGGCGGUACAUUUAAUGUCCAUCGUUGGUAGUGAGUCCCCGUUAUUGUUGGCACGUCACUAUUCCAACUUUUUCUCACUUGUGCGGCACUUUUCAGAACAAACACGGGGAGUUAGAGGUGCGUAUGAGCGAUUGGAGUUGGGAGAAAUUAAUCGCGUGCAAUUUGUUCCCAUGUUUCAGGCUGAAAUGGAAUUUAUGUUAACAGCACUUUCCAAGAAAAAUCAGGAGGAAUUAGAGUUAAUGCAAAUUACAAACUAUAAACGUGUUCUGGCCAUUCGGGAUCGAUAUCCACUUCUUGCUGAUCCAGUGAUUCAGGAACUUCUACGUGAGUUGGUGGAUCCAGAGGCAUUAUUAUGUACCGUUGAGAAGAUAUCACCACGUCGUAAUGUACUUAAUCUUCUCCACUAUUUACGCAUGAAGAGUCAACAGGAGAUUCGUCUUGUGGUUGUGGCCAAUACAUGGGAGGUGGAAGGGCAAUAUACACAAAUGACAAGAACACUCUCACAUACAGUUGGUAAUACCAAUUGGUCAUAUUUUCCCACAACUUGUACAUUUUCUUAUGGGAAAAACAGCGGAAAGUCAUCCUUUGUGAUUAAUGGUCUUUUUGACGCUUAUGUUCAAAGCUAUACAUUUCAUAAACGUAAACCAUUUCCGGAUAUAUUUCUUUAUGCAAUUGAUGAAGCAAUGAAAACUCGUAUGGCUUCAGAGGCAUCCUUAAAGUUUGAUGUCAAACCGCAUAUUUUUCUAUUUGAUAGUGUAUUGGAAAAUUGUGAAACAGCUCGUAAUCUCCCUGAUAAUCCUUUUCAAAAAGUUUACUAUAUUGAAAAUGGAGCCUAUGACGUUUAUGAAGAUGUAUUAGAUGCCCUUAAAACUGUGGGUGCCACUGAUCCUUUCUGGGCAGGUGUAGUGAAGGGUGUAGAAGAAGAAAUAGCACCUUUAUUUAAACCCCCACGUGAUGCUAAUGGUAAUCCUACAUCAUGGAUUAAUGAAGAAAUGAAUGAUUACAAUUCAAAUCUUCUUGUUUUACCUCCUCCACCAUGUGAAGCCUGUGAUCCACGUGGAUCUUUUGAAUAUCAAGCUUUUCUGGAUGAAGAUGAUAAGGAUUCUAUUCUCUUCUAUCUUGCCCAACACCUACCUCAUUUAUUCCCUAUUGAUGUUCCAACAGUACGUAAAGGUAAUUUACAACUCGCACGUAAACCAGGAUUUGCAACAUCAUCUGGUCCCAUUUUAUUUGAACCCAUGAGAGGUAUAGGCUUCUUUAAAACGUAUCGUAUUACGUUACGUACGGGGAGUUACGUUCUCCGUGUGCAACCACGUGGUCCUACUCCAUAUGAUACGGUUGAUAUACGCACGGAAUAUCAAGUAAUGCAAUAUUUAAGUCAAAAAUCAAAAUUACCAAUUGCAAAAUGUUACUUAUAUUGUGGUUCAUAUGAAACAUGUGGACAUCGUUUUUCAUUACGUCGAUUUAUUGAUGGUGAAGUCAUUUCAAAUGUUUCAAAAUUAAUUCAACCACGUAUUUAUCGUCCAUACUCAAAGAGGCGACAGGUAGUUAAUGUUGAACUUAAUCCUUUUGUCUUUUUUAAAAGAGCAGUGGACGCAUUGACAGAGCUACAUAAUGUUCCAUUAUCAGGUUUUCCUUUUUUGCAGCGAACAGAACGACAACGUGGAGGCAAUAACAAUCCCGUUCACCCACUACUUGAAUCUAUCAAAGAUUGGAUGGUGGAGUACAAGACUGUUUCAAAUUGUAAAACAAAUCCUGAUGGAAGUUCUGCUUUUCGAUCAAAAACCCUUGAACGUCUUUCAGAAGCACUUCUAGAGCGAUUUGAUUCAACACGUCUGCAAGAGCGAACUAUUCCGUUUCCCGAUAAUCUUGUAUUAAUUCAUGGUGACUAUAAGAUACAGGAUCUUGUGUUUUCUCAUCGUUCACUGGAGGGUAGACAUAAAUACCCACCACAGGUACUGGGUGUAAUGAACUUCAAUGCAUGUAGCGCAGGUGAUCCCUUAAUUGAUGUAGCAAGUUUGGCUCUCAUAGCAUUAAUUCGUCCACCACGAGGUGUUUAUGGAAUGCCUUCUGAAGUAAAAGGACUUUUCCCAACACCACGAUGGAUCUUGGAUAGAUACUGUAAUGCUCGUGGGUACAUGAGACAAAUAACAAGGAAAAAGCGUGAGGCUAUUUUUAAUGUAUACCUUUCUGCUAUGUGUCUACGAUGUGCUAUCGUUAUCUUGUCUCACCUUGCUGAAGUGUAUAGACAUCAUGAAGAGCUUUCUAUGGCAGACGUACGUAAAUUGUCCCUUAGUGAGGAAAUUUUACAGCAGGGUCUUGCUGUCAUAGAGCAAAACUGCAGCUCAAAGUUAUAA